UGUAGCACCUGGGCUGCCUGGUAUCUGGUAGCUACUAGCUACAGAGCAAAGGUUUACUACCUCCACCCUAACACUGGACCUUCCUUGCAGAGGGUAAGGGGAGAGGGACUGGGGGAAGUAAAAAGGAAAGCAGAGCACUUCUGCAGUGCAAGGGCGCCAGAACUAGUGGAUUGUGCGCUUGGCUCCCCAAAGUGUGCCAAAUUGGGAGCAAGGGCUCCAUUUCAAGGACUCUGGAGUGAUACCUACUGUUCAAGGAAGAACUCGUCUCUUCAGCAUAACUUAAGAUUGAGAAGACACUUCCAUUUUAAGGGUCUUUAUUUUGAGAGGGCGUUCAAGACAUCUUCUCAAGUUUCCCUGGAACCCAUGGCACUACCCUGCUCUUCACAGGCCCAGGUCUGGAGCCUGGAGCCUCCAGCUUGCAAGGCUUCUAACACCUCUGCUACCUCCUCGCCUUCGGAACCUCAGGAGCGCGAGGGCGCCAAGAGUCCUUUGGUGUCUGGGGGUCUUCCCUUGGAGAAGGUAAAGCGGCCCAUGAAUGCGUUCAUGGUGUGGAGCUCCGCUCAACGCCGCCAGAUGGCGCAGCAGAACCCCAAGAUGCACAACUCUGAGAUUUCCAAGCGCCUGGGUGCACAGUGGAAGCUGCUGGGGGAGGACGAGAAGCGGCCCUUCGUCGAGGAGGCCAAGCGGCUGCGCGCCCGACACCUGCGUGACUACCCCGACUACAAGUACCGGCCUCGGCGGAAGACCAAAACUUCUGGCACCGGGAAUACCCACUUCGGCCCAGGAGGCAGUGGCCUGGCCUGCGGGGUCCCGCUCUGGGGGCCAGGGUACACAGCUACCCAAGGGAGCAGAGGCUUUGGGUACCAGCCCCCCAACUAUUCAACAGCCUACCUGACUGGCAAUUAUAGCUCUCCCCAUUGUAGACCGGAGACCCCCUCGCCGUGUUCUCUCCCUCAAAGUGACCCUAGGCUCCAGGGGGAGCUGCUACCUCCCUAUAGCCCUUACCUACCCCCAGGUUCUCCCACUCCAUACAACCCUGGUGCUAUGCCCCUAACCCACCUGUAACUUGCAUGGACACACACCUCCCAUAAAGGUUGCAUUCUCCUUUGCUCCCACCCAGAAUUAUAUCCCCUACCCUCAGGCUGCAAACCCUCUCCUGGUUUGGACUAUAGUUCAGAGGCUUGCAGUUGUCCCAGAAGGCAGAAUGAGCAAAACCACACUUAACACAGUUUUGUAUGAUUAAACGACGUCUCUGUC